AUGUCAUCAGCUAUGGACAAGGCGCUUAUGGCGUUGUCUCUGGAAGAAGAAGAUGAGCCUUUUGAUAUGCCUGAUCUACCGCAGUACAAAUCAACUCAGAGAAAUAAUCUAAGCUUGGUCGGAAGAAUCCUCAAUCCUAGUGUCCAGAAGAUGCACAACCUCAUUCUCGACAUGCCUCGCAAGUGCCAGAAGCUUGGCAAAGUCCGUGGAGUGGCUCUGUCUAAUGAAAGAUUCCAGUUCAUCUUUGAUAAUGAACACGAUCUCAAGGAUGUUCUAGAGAAGGGUGUCCACACGUUUCAUGAAUGGGCUCUUGCUAUCGAGAGGUGGACAGAGAACCCGCCUCCAGAUUUCCUCCAGUUCAUUCCUAUCUGGGUACAGAUAAGUAACAUUCCUAUCAACCACUACACCGAGCAAGCUAUCAUGGCUCUGGGGGACUUAGUUGGGAAAGCUAUUGAUGUGGCUUUUGAUCCGUCGAAGGCACAAGUGCAAAAGUUCAUCAGGGUCAAAAUACUCUUUGAUAUCUCUAGGCCGCUCAAGACUUUUAAAGUGGUAAAUCUUCCUCAAGGAGGCAGUACGAAGGUUUGGUAUGCCUAUGAAAGGAUCCAGAAACGCUGCUAUAACUGUUAUAGGUUGACCCAUGAACAAAAUGCUUGUCCUUUUCCAAAGAGGCAGGACGGCCCCCCUGUAGCAGUUGCGUCUCAACCCCAUGUGAAGAUUCAUGUCCUCGACGAGUCGGACCCUCUCUUUGGUGUCCUUGAAGAAUCUCAAGUCGGGCUUAAUCCAGCAACAGGGAGACCUAAAAUUGCUAAAGAGGUCUUGGAUGGGAUGCGUCAAUAUCUUGUUCUGGCUUCGGGUCCUGAGCGGAAAAUCAGGGAAGAGAGAGUGAAGACUUCUGUUGCAGCUGCUGAGAAAGAUCUGGUGAUUCAGAAACUAGCGCUCAGCCUGGAACCUGUCCCAACCAUCACUUCUGAUCUCAACAAGGGGAAAGGAAUUGUAUUUGAUUAUAAGGCUCAUGCUAAUGAAAUUCCUUCUAGGCUCAAAGAUGGUGGAGGCAAAAAGCUGAUGGCCUCGGCAAUUCAAGCUGGCUCUGUGCUAGGGAUCGAGCAAGAGUACUCAUCGAGCAGAACUUUAUCUGACUCUGGCAAUAAUGAAGUCUUCUCUGCGCCUUUUAUGACUGGUUCAACGGGUUUUGGCUCUGGCUCUUUUGAACCAAGUCAUUCCGGGACCAAGUCUAAAAAGGUUUCUGCAAAAAGAAGACCUUAUAAAGCUAGAAGAACUCAAAGCAAAACUCAAAGCAAAACUACUUCCGUUCCUAUCUCUUCUCAGGCAAUGUUAGUGUUUACUAAGGAGUCAGAUAGCCAAGGAGAGAAACGGAAACAAGACAAGCAGCAGACCGAGAAGAGUGAAGUCGCAAAACGCGCAAAACCUGAGAUGGUCCCAAGUGAGGGACCGUCCAAAGCCUAA